AUGCCUAGUUACGCCAAGUUCAUGAAAGAUAUUCUAUCAAAUAAGCGGAAGCUAGAGGAUAAUGAAACUGUCAUGCUUACUGAGGAGUGUAGCGCAAGUCUCCAACAUAAGUUACCACCGAAGUUAAAAGAUCCAGGGAGUUUUACUAUUCCUUGUAACAUUGAUAUUUUGGUGAAGGUCGACAAGUUUAUCUUCUCAGCGGACUUUAUUAUUCUGGAUAUGGAGGAAGAUAGGGACGUCCCUCUCAUAUUGGGUCACCCAUUUUUGGAUACGGGAACAGCUCUGAUAAAUGUACAAAAGGGUCAAUUGAUAUUGAGGUUAAAUGAAGAAGAACUGAUAAUUAACAUAUUUAGAGCUUUUAGAUUUCAAAGAGAAUUGGAUUCUUACAUGCAGAUUGAUGUAAUAAAAGAAGCGGUGCCAAAGACAUUCAAACAAGAUCACCCUCAAGAUCCGCUUGAGGCGUGUUUAGUGCAUUCUCAGUAUUUACCAUCAGAAAAUGAGGAAGCAGAAGAAUAUGCACGUUAUUUGACAGUCAUACCACCAUUCUUCAAGCAACCACGAUUAGAGCUCGGUGAAAGACCCACAACACUUUUAGCAUCUAUAGAACAAGCUCCAGCUCUUGAACUCAAAUAG